CGGCUUCUCGGAGCCUCAGACACAAUGAACCGUCAGACGGUGAGGGGAGCGCAUGUUGGGCCAGAGAAAUUGUCACGGUUCUAGCACAUUUUUAUUCUUAAUUGUGCCUUUUCUUUGAUUUACUUAGUCCCUUGCAAACUACUGAUACUCUGUAUGGCGGUAACAAGGCUCAGUUGGACACGUUUGGUGCGUCGAGUUUGAUGAAAACGAGGUGAGGCUCAGUCUACUCUUAGCCCCUCCUGGCGGAUCUUUUUUCGUUAUUUUUUUCUAGAUAAAGCCAGCAAAACAAGGCAGAUAACAAUGUCGUUGACUGCUUCAUCUGAUUAUUUCGCUGCCGAGUGUCUGGUGUCGAUAUCCAGCGGUCCAGUCCUGCACAGACCCACCCCAGUGGCCCCCGCCAGCCAGCCGGCCACGGUGGGCCUGCUCCCCGGGGAGCCCGACGGGUCGAGCGAGGACAGGGAGGUGCGGGAGACACUGAGGCUGGAGGGGGCGAACAUCAUGGCGGUGGCCGGUAUCCUCACCGACCUGCACGGCAAGUUCCGCCCCAUGUCGGCCUACUCGGAGAGCAGCAACUCCUCAUGCGGCGGGGAGAGCGGCUACACCACGUUGUCCGACCCCACCACCCCGACCAUGACCCCCUCCGCCACCCCUGUCCCCGGACAGCAGCAGCUGAGGGGGGCAGGAGGAGGCGUGGGGCCCCCGCGGUCCCCGGUGAAGCGACAUCAGUGCACUUUUGACGGAUGCGACAGAGUUUACGGGAAAUCGUCCCACCUGAAGGCACACAUCCGGACACACACAGGUGAGAGGCCCUUUCCAUGCACCUGGCCUGACUGUGAGAAGAAGUUUGCCCGCUCCGACGAGCUCGCCCGUCACACCCGCACCCACACGGGGGAAAAACGCUUCCUGUGCCCACUGUGCGAUAAGCGAUUCAUGCGCAGCGACCACCUGAUCAAGCACGCCCGCCGCCAUCCCGACUUCCAGCCCUCCAUGUUGGGUCGCAACAAGGGCGCAUCCUCCUCUCCCGGCCCGCUUAUGCACCAUUAAGAUGGUUCGGGUCGGGGGAGGUUUCCUGGCAGGAGCACAGAAGGUCACUGUGGUUUCUAGUUAACCAGCUACAAUCAGAUCCACUGAUUAGGAUUUAGCAUUGCUGUGUUGUACUCAAAGAUGUGCACAUAACACACACAUACACAACACACACAGAGCUGGAUGUGAGGGGGAAUCCGCUUCAUCCCUCCAUCAACACAGAUGAGUCAUGUGACCACUAUCCACCUACUCUACAUAACUAGGGUUGGGUAUUGAGAACGCUCCUAAUCUUUAAGAAGUGGGGAUUCGUUAAGAAAUGUGCUUUUCGAUUCCACUUUUCGUUUCCUGAACGCAAACUGCACUUCAUUUACACCGCCAGUUACACGUAUACGUGUUUAAUGUUUACAAUAUGACGGACUGGAGCUAGCUUUCAGAAGUGAGGCUUCACAAAAGACAGUAAUGUUGCAGUGAAAUGUAAUCACUGCAUCUACAUAAAUACAUGCAAGGGAAGAAAGUCUGUCUGCUAUGAAAACACAUUUAUAGUAAGAAUGCAGCAUUUCUGAUGUCCUGUAUCAUGACAUGAAAUGAAACACUUUUAUAAAUCAGGUAACCAAAUGAGAACAUGUUUUUUGCUUAAUCUAUUCAAUUAAAUGCAGAGCAAAUCAUGGUACUUCAUCACAUUGAUGCAAAAAUUCUGUGAAAUCAAUUAGCAGUCCCAGACUGUAAUGCCUCACAAAGCAAAAUCAAAACCACACAGCAGAGAUUAUUUAUAUUUUUCUUUAGGUUUUAUCCAAAAACAAAUCCCUAAAUACUUUGUCGUUUAUUACAUGUUCAUGGCAGCCUAAACGUCUGAAAAUAAAUGUCAUUUUUGCUUUCUACAUAUUUUUGUUUCUUUUUUUUCCAUUCAGGAUUCGAUUAGGAUGGGAAUCAUAAAGCAUAUUUGAAUUGAUGAAAUAAACCCAACCCUAACAAUAACCUCAUUUUCUCAAACGCUUUCACAAAUUGCAGGGAUUUUUCACAUUUUCUGUAAAAACUGCACAUUCAUCAUCAGCCAAAACUCCUCUGUUUUCUUGUUUUAAUUUGUAGGUUGUUGUUGUACCAUUUAUUUACCAUAAGUAGCACAAAAUUGUGAUGUUAAGUAGCGAGGCAGUGACUAGAAGCCUUUUAGCUUUUUUUUUUUUCCUUUUUUUUUUUUUUAGCUUUGCUGAUUCCAUAUAAAAGUUUUAGUGGUGACGCAUUCCUUCAUUUUAUUGCAUUGGUAACCAUCAUUGAGGAGAUUUUGUAAUGUUUUCUUUAUAUCCUGUUUAUCUAUAGAUCAAAUAUUGUUUUGUUUUUCUUUUUUUUUUUUUUUUGCCGAAAAGUGAAUCAAACUUCACUGUAGAAGAGCUGUUUGCACACAUCAUUAAGUCUAGAUCAGUUAUCACCUAUAAAACACAUAAUACACAGUAGUAUUAUGUCUAAUACUGAUGCAAAUGUAUAUAAGCUUUUAAUGUAGAUAAAUGGUAAUGCUACUAGCAGCAGAAUUAAUACAUGUGAUGAAUUGUAGUCCUUAUAUUAGGGGUAACAGUAUACUCUUGAUAGGAUGGCAUUGCCUGUGAGUGUCGGUGUGUAUGUGUUUUUUUAUUUACUUUUUUUUAGCAACAGAACUGGCAAAAGUGUGUACGCGACAAAAUAUCUAAAUAUUUUAGGGCCCAACAAGACUUUCAGCCUGCAGAACACAUUUCAGAAUCACAUGUGCCAGGUGUUACUAUACACUGUUUAAAUUUCAGCACCAAAAAACGUGUUGGAAAAAAAAAUCCAAUUAAAAUUGGUCUUAAAACUACUACUACUCUGCUACCAUUCAGGAAAACUAACACCAGAAGACUUUUAAUUGAGGUGCACAUUUUGACUUGUCAAUGCAGCAAAAGCACAGGUACAACUAAUAUGAUUUAUAAGUUAAUGAUGGCUCUAUUCUAUAAAUGGCUGACACCGCAGUUUAUAAAAAUCUGGACAUAAUCUGUGUGACAUCGCCCAUUGGUGUGUGAUUGGCAGAUUGGCAUUUUGAUUGUCACCAUCUUGAUUCAUUUAUUUUUUGCAACCAUCUUAUGCUGAAGCCUUAACGCUCGUUUAUUUUACUCCAUAUGAGACCGUCGUUUCCCAAAUGAACAAAGUGCUGUGUUGAAGACAUGAAACUAGCCGUUAAGGCCAUAAACUCAUUAUGAGAAUAUUUGCUCAGGUAAUAAAUCAAGUAAGAAGUAAGGUCAUUUUCUCAUAGACUUAUAUACAAUUGAAUGACUUCUUGCUACCAGUGGAGCCACCCCCCUGUUGGUCAUUAGUAAGACUGCAGGUGGAAAACACUACCGCGUUGGCUUCAGGCCUGGAGGUUGCCACUUGGUUACGACUAACAAAUUACUUUUAUUAGCGAGUAAGCUGUUGAUCAUUUUCUCAAUUAAGUUUGGUGUAUAAAAUAUCAAAAAUACUGGAAAAAAUGCUCAUUUACAUAGUCCAUGGUGAUGUCUUUAAAUGUCUCCAAUUUUGAGAGGCCGAAAUACAUUUCUGCUUUUUUUGCAUGAAAUAGUCCUUAAAUAAUUAAUCGAUUAUCACAAUUGUUGUUGGUAUGGCUGCAAGAAUUGGAAAAAACGAUCUAAUUACUGUUAUAUUGACUGAUAUUGCAAGUGCAAUAUAAUUAACAAUAUUUUUGUCUCAUUCUCUAAAAAAUAAAUUAUUUUUUGUGAGGAUCUGUACUAUAAAGAUAAUGAUAAAAUGUUGAUUAAUUGUGCACUGACUAAUAGCUGCAGCUCUAAUAAUAGCAGGCACUUGUAUAUUGGAUGCAGCCAUUAAUAAACUUAUUUGUCACACCUGUGUUCAACAAGUCAAAAUGUCCACUGUGAUAAAGAAAAUGUUGUAAAAACAAAUGAGGAUUUUUUUUUAAAGAACCUGCUGAGGAAAACUGGAACCUAGAUAUUCCGAAAUGCAAAAUAAAGUCAAUAAUCCUCAUAUAUUCAGGAAAAAUAACAUUUAUGUGCAAACCUCAAGCAAUUAGAUUUUUUAAAAAGUGCUAUGUACAGUAUCCAGGUCUGAUUAUAGAGAGGUUGAAUCUUUCUUUUUUUUAUGUUUCCACACUGCUUGUCCAGCCAAUGGACAUAUUCCUUUAUCUCAGUGAACAACACUUAAAGCCUUAAACUAUGUCAUAACUACUUUGCACCAUGUUUACAGUCGGAUCAUUGAAUAGGUAUAUAUGCCCCACCAGAGGGCCCAUCACAGAUACUCAUUAUGCAAUAUGGCACUUUUUUCUUACAGGUGUAUUUGGCUGAAUAGUGUAAUGGCUUGCACUGUUACUAUGCUUCUACUAGCAAGCACUGUGGAACUUUGCUGAUGUGUUGAUAACCAAUGGUUUGUAAAACUGCCUUUUUGUCCAAGUGCUUUAGAAAGCGUGAUACAAGAAGUUGUUUUUAUUUUUAUUCUCUCUCUUUUUUUUUUGGAGUUUGCUUUGUCAUCCAGGCCAUCUCUUGUUGUAUUUUUUUAUUUUCUAAACGGAACACGCUUCAUUUGUGUUUUCCACAUCUGUCACACCAAGACUCCAGAUGUCUUCCUCAUUCAUAUGUCAAACCAUCUAUACCAUUUCACUGUAUGUUGAUCUCAUUUUAAUGGGAGCUGUACUCAUUGGAGUGAAUGCAAUGCUUUGAAAUUUUGUACACAUUCCUUCCUCAGAGGUUCGAUCUGUUGACGGUUUUUGGUCGCUGCUGGCAGUAACCAAAAACACAUGGACUGUUUUAACAGAAACACACAAUAUACUUGGUUUCUUUCUUUUUUUACAUCUUCAAAUGGAAAUAUUUUUUUUCUUCCGUCUCCUCUCACAGAUGGGAGGGGUCUCAAAGCUAUAAUAUCACAAUAAGAACAUACCUCACGAUUCUUUACAAAAUCCAUCCAGCCUGUCGUUCAGAAAGUCUUAUAAAGCCAUUGGAUUUCAGAAGUUAGUUUUUAUCAGCUAGAUGGUCUGCUAUGUACCCUUGUCCUUAUCUUGUCUUUAUAUGCAACAUCACUACUACCUGUGUAGCAGCAGAAUUUCCUUUUUCCCUGCCUCAGUGAACUUCUGUUGUUAAUAGACAGUAGCAAAUGAAUCUCUGGGAUAAAUCAUUAAAGCCCAGCAGGAGUUUUUUUAGUCAUCAAGGGAAAGACUCACUGCUGCCUCGGGCUGAAGCUUAAACGGGGUAUUAAAAAUGCUUAAAAAAAAACAAAAAACCUGUAGACUGUCACUUCACUGCAGAUUUCAAUUGUAAGAGCUCAGUCCAAAUCUAUUUGUUCAUAUCACUGAAUGUGGCUUGAUGACAGACGAGCGGUAUCCACUUUGGAUUUAAUUUUUGCUGCCUCGCUGAGGAAAAAAAAAAACUGCGAUAAUUUCUCUUGUCACCACACUAAUUCAGAUAUGCACAUUGUACAGAAACGGAUGUUUUUUAAAUUGAUGCCUGAUUUUUACAUUAAUGUAAUUUUUUAAAAAUCCUCUUAUCAAAGCUUUAGUUAAGGUAAAUAGGAGGAACUGUGGAACUAAAUAAUUGCUGCAACAAGCUGUUUUGAUA